GCUGAGCAGGAAGCGCUCGGUGGGGCAGACAACGGGAUUAAUCAGAAAACAUGGAGAUGGUGUGUGAGAACGGGCCCCGCCGACAGUACCGGACCCCCAGCAAUCCGGGCUGCCAACCGAUGCACAGAUGGACGAGCACCGACAUGUUGACCAGUCAUCACAGUUGCCUUCUAAAGCAGCUGAACCAGCAGCGGCGUAAAGAACUUUUCUGCGAUUGUAACAUUCUCGUUAUGGGACAGCUUUUCCGGGCACACCGCAACGUCCUGUACGCCAGCAGUGGCUACUUUCGCAUGUUGCUGUCACAAGGUGCGAGGGGCAGCCUGGAGCCAGCAAGUGCCUCGUUUGAUGCCUUCUCAGCUGACACCUUCUCAACCAUCCUGGACUUCAUGUACUCGGGUCAGCUGGCACUGAGCAGCACUACCGUGAUCGAGGUGAUGUCAGCUGCCAGCUACCUGCAAAUGGACGACGUUAUUGCUUACUGCAAAGCCUUCAUCCAGUCCUCGCUGGACAUCAGCGCCAAGGAGGCGUCAGAGAAUGCAAUUUCAACUCAAACCUCUCUGUGGGAGCAACGAGAUGAUUGUAAGGAUGAGGAUGAAAAUGACGGAGAUACAGAAAGCGAACAGAGUCUAUCAGGCCUGCCAGUUCUGGAGGCAGGAAUCAAGGAAGAGCCGACAGGACAGUUUGACGACGUUUCUGAGCCCAGGAGGCGAGGAACCAGGAAGAGAUCGGCCACUCAUCGGUACACUCCAGACGAUAACUCGCCGAUUGAGAUCCAUAAGGCAACAGCAGGUGCACAGAAAGCAGAUGAACUCUAUGCCACCCUGCCCCCUAUUGUGGGCGUGGUGGGGGUUUUCAAUAAAGAUGCCACCCCAUCAAUGCGCUUUAAGUGCCCGUUCUGCGCACACACAGUGAAGAGGAAGGCGGAUCUGAAGAGGCAUCUGCGCUGCCACACCGGCGAGAGGCCGUACCCAUGCCAGGAGUGCAGCAAGCGCUUCACCCGGCUCGAGCAUCUGCGCAGUCACUUCGAGACGAUCCACCAGGCGCGGAAGCUGGUGUGUCGGAAGUGUAAGCGGCACGUGACCGAGCAGAGCAGCCGGGUGGUAUGUGAGGGGACACGCCGAUACCGUCUCUGUGUAGUGUGUGUUCAGGAAACCGGUCUGCUGGCACACACUGGCACUGACGCCAAUGACGUCAGCGAUGGCAACACAGAAGAACCGGACCUUCUGCUAGGGGUGGAUGAGGACGUGGAGGAAAAUCGCAUCGCGUCAUGGGAAAUGGAGGAAGAGGAAGACCUGGCUGAGGAUUCUGGAACAGACCUCAUCAUUCAGGAGGUGGAGGACAGUGAUGAAGAGUCCAGUACAAAAGGAUGAAUGUGAAUGUGUGGACGUAUUUCAGUCAAUGUAAAACAUUUUUUUACUAAGAUCUAAAAUAAUCCUAUAAAUAUAGAAAUGUAAUAUAAAAGUAUGUAAAUAGUUUAUUCCGAUAGUACUUCUUAUUACUGCUUUUGUUUAUUUAAGACAGAUAAUCUUGCAAUAUUAUACUUCCAAAAU